GGUUCAGCAUUUCGCUCCACACCAAACAAAAUGUUGGCUUUCGUAUUUCUACUGGCUCUUGGUGCCGUGUCAGCACAGAACCAAUGCAUCCAACUAUUCUCGGGCAAUCGUGGUAAAGAUGCAGUUCUCGCGAAGAGUCAAGAUGUUGAACUUUCGGGAGGUAGACAUUUCGAUAUACAAUUGACUCCACCAUGUGACAACACAGUCUUGCAAAUUGAUGUGUGUGAUGACGUCAAGCCCGAAGGUCAGAUCAUAUCGGUCUCCGAAGUCACCAUCACCCGUGUGAGCACCAGGACCGCUGCCAUCACCCUCCACGCCAAAUACUAUUGCCCAUCAAAUGUUAACCUCCUUGCUGAUCUUCCUGAACCCAAAGUAACAAUCAAGGAUGAAUAAAUGUGUUCCUUAAUCUUUUUCUACAUCUCUCUGUUCAAUGUUUGUUUCACAUAUUCGGUUUAC